AUGAGGUUCUUUCAGCUUUCAAGCGCUUCUAUAAUAUUCUUUUCGUCUAUGGUGAGGUGUGCACAAACCGUCUCAAAGCAGGUUGAACUCGGUGCAAAUUCGUACUUUCUACCUCCGACUAAGUCUUGGUCCUUCCAAUCAUGGAUGCCUAAACCGAAUGAAUUUUCUGAUGAAUUCCUUCCUUUGACUGUCGUACGACUCAAUAACAGCAGAAUCAAUCCUCAAGACUUAAGAGCCAUACUAGAGUCCUACAAUGCUACUGACGAUGUCUGGACCCCUAACUUUACCAAGGCAAUCUUCUUUGAACACCACGGAAACCAGCUCCAUGGAACUUCUGAAAGCCUCCUUGCGCCCGACUACACUAUCAACAAUAUUUUCGACAGAGCUUCUAAUCGACCGGAUAUUUCCAAUAUCCCUCUCGGACCUUACUUCUUAGAAACGCACACAGGGAAUGUUUACCGGGCAUACAAACUCGUCAAUGAUUUCAAUCAAGCAUUUAUUCAGUCCUCGUACCAAGAUGAAAACUACACCCACCAUCCCCUCGCAGCUGCCUCAAUGUCAGCUGGGGCUCUUACCAUUGGCAUCCCUUCCCGUCUCUACUACACAAAGACGCGCCAACAGCCUUUAGCAGGUCUUCGUCUCGCUGUCAAGGAUUUAUACGAUUUACGCGGGUUGCGGACGAGCGGUGGUAACCGCGCCCUAUACGAGAUGAGCCAGUCCAAGAACGCCACAGCGCUUCCGGUCCAGAAGUUGAUUGAUGCGGGUGCCGUGGUAGUGGGGAAAAACCACUUAUCCGAGUUUGCUUUCGCCGGUAUUGAUGUCCCUGAGCACGUGGAUUAUGUUCUUCCCUUCAACCCGAGAGGAGACGGAUAUAGUUCUCCAAGUGACAGUUCGGGUGGGUCGGGUGCGGCGGUUGCGAGUUACGACUGGCUGGAUGUGAGCAUGGGCUCUGAUACAGGUGGUAGCAUUCGAGGGCCAGCGAUGGUUAAUGGUGUCAUGGGUAGCCGUCCCUCAACUGGGGCCGUCGACCUGAGCUUCGGGGUGCUGCCACUUUCGCCCGCGAUGGAUACAAGUGGUGUGCUGGUUCGAGAUCCCAAGAUAUGGUCUGACGUGAAUAAGGUCCUUUACUCGGGAUUUGCAAAGGAGUACCCUUCCUUUCCUAAGAAGAUAUAUAUCCACGCAGAGACAGUCGAACGGUAUUCUGAAGCGACAGGAGAUGAUGCUGCGUGGUGGGGCAAGGUACAGGACUUCGUGAAAGCGAUGGCAAAGCUCAUGGAUGCUCAAGUCACCCCCCUUUCAAUCGAUACCCUGUGGAAUAGUACGAGCAGUUCUAUUCCAACAAUCGGUGGCAAGGAACUCGGCACCACUAUCAAUUGGACGUACGGUAACCUCACAACAUACGAUCAAUGGAACGAUUUCGGGCGCAAGUAUGUACACGACUGGAUGGCUACGCACGCCGGCGAGUUCCCGCCAAUGGUCCCUAAUAUCCGCGAAGGGUGGCUUAAGGCAAACACAUCGAUUACCCCUGAGAUGCACCGGCAGAGUCUGGAAACCGUACAAAUCGUCAGAGAAUGGGUCGAAAAGGAAUUCCUCCGUCCCGACAACAAAAGUUGCUCCGACGCUGUAUUCUUGACUUUUUCUUCCCCAGCGAAGGCUUAUAAGCCGGACGUUACCACGGACCAAACGAACGUUUACAUGAAGAAGCUGUACGAAAAAGCUUCGCAGCUUCUACUUUCCAACGCCCAGCUCAACGCGACUAUCCUCUGCGACGAAAACAAGCCAGUCAAUAGCAGCAGCAGUGGCGCAUGCGAAGAAGCCCGAGCUACCUUGCGACGAUUGACGAGUUCGAGUACGAGCCCGGUCGCGCCGAGUAGACUUGCGUCUGUAGCGGGGUAUCCCGACUUCGUGAUCACGCUCGGCGAAAUGGCAACGGAAAAUACAAACUCGGAUGCUACGUUGACGGCUCAGGCGAUGCCGUGGUCUGUGAGUGUCUCCGCUGCGCGGAAGUGCGAUUUCAUGUUGCAAGAUCUAGUAUCUGCGAUGGCACGGGGAGGGAUCAUCAAGGGGGUUAAGACUGGGAAACAUGUUCACUGA